AUGCCUGCCUUUGACCCAAAAGCCUAUGGUUGGCCUACAACCAAAGCGAAGCCUACUGGGACUUCUGGAGAUCAUCGUCUGGCAUCAAACCCGCAAAUUUCAUCAUCCCAUCCAACCUGGACCUUGAACCCUCCGAGACAGCCACGUUAUCAGACAACACUGCGCAGUGGUUCCUCAACUGAGAGUGAAGUCAACAAGCAAACAAUCCCGGCUCACAGUGCUCUUUCUUCCUCUCAUGUGUCAAAUGAGCCUGGAAAUCUGGUGAGCACUUCACACGACAAGACAAUGCCUGACAUGUCCACAACCAGCCAGGUAUCAACAGGAGCAACAACUCAGUGCACUAGCAAAGGUACCGGGUUCAACCCAUAUGCCUAUGGACAUCCUGGGGCAAGCUAUUCAUCUCAGAAACAUACUCAAGUCCGAAGUUCGAGCCAUCCACCCGAUCCUGCAAAAAGCCGAACCAUUCCCACCAACGACACAAUUAUGGCCAGUAAGGGAAGCCUUAAAGACGCCAAACUCGGCUCUAUUAGGCCAGCAUACCCACGGGACAUAUCUCACCAAAGUGUCACCAAGCACGAACCCUCCCCACCAUUUCCUACUCAAACACGAGCGCAUGGAUUGAAAGGAGAUGGAAUGAAUGGCCAGGAAGCUCAUUCAGCGCGGCGCCUCUCGGGAAGUCACGCGUCUGGGAAGCAGAAGCAGUUCGAACCAAAAGUUGGAUCUUCGCAGAUCGACAACCUCGGUUCAGGCCUUCAAUCUGGGAGGGCUAUGGUUACAGGUGCACGCGCAAUAGGGAAAGGCGGCGAGACAAAACCCAGACCUGCUACAUACGAUACAUUGAAGAGGGAAGGUGAGACUCCCGAACAGGUCAUUGCCCGGCUUCAGUCAGAUGCGACCCGUGCGAUUGGUCUCCGCUUGAGACGACAGGCGAAGGGCGAGCCCAUCAUCACAGGUCUUGUUGCACUCGAUUUCCUCCGUCAACCACUUCCUCCCACCGGGCUCGACCAGGUGGAACCAUUUCCAACAGCCCUGGAAGCAGGGCUUGGGCAAGAUCACAUUUCAGACCACCGCCAGUCACAGCAUAGAGGAGUUGCUCUAGGUGCAGUGCAAGCCACCAACAAUCUACAGGCCAGAUCAGACGCUCGUGCAGCUCUUCAUCGGCCUAACGGUGACUCUGUGGUCACUUCGAAGGCUCAUGCAGAAAAGGCAGCCGAUGAAGCCAUUCUAGCCAUGGCAAGCGAUCGUGGGUGGGCAAUUGCUACGGAGCUGAAGCCGCCAAUUGUCAAGCCGGACAGCAACGUAGAGGAGUCUGGAGGUCCAAGCAGCGACGUUGAUUCCCUCCAGCCUAUGGGUGGAGAUUUUGGCCGACUCAUCCACAGUCAAGAGCCACCUAUUGAGGAAUCAAGUCUCCGAGGUUGGGAUGGGAACAUGCAGCCACCUCCAGUUGAGUGGGAACUCCGACCACGAUUCCACAACAACACUUCUGCGUACAUCAGCGGCUUCGACGCCUGGCUUCGAGAUAUCGCGGUCCGGACAAUGCGCAAUGUGGCCGCAUCACUAAAACCUGACAAAGCUCAAGAGUCGCCGCAUCUUGGCUUCGGGAUCCUUCCUACCGAGGCCGUCUGCAACCUUGACAAUCACGCGGACGGAAUUAGCUUCGUGCGAAAAGAUUCACUGAUCGACCCCGCUGACAAGGAACAUUUCCCAAGAAGACUGCCAGGAGAGGUCUUGCUUGACCCGAUCGAGCCGGCUGACUUUGAGGCUGAAGCCAAGCUUGAUCUCAAAGACCAGAUGAACCGCAAUUUCAAGGAGGAGACCGCUCAAAUGUUUGUUGACAAGCGAAUGAUGUACUUGGCACGCAGCAAGAUGGAGGCUGAAGCUCGACAACCGAUACCGGUGCAGCAGGAACCGGAACCGGAGCCGGAGCCGGAACAGGAACAGGAACAGGAACAGGAAGUGGAACUGGAACAGAAACAUGACCUUCCAGCGGAAGAGCCAGAACCUCCCCAGCCGGUACCAAAAGUUGCCCCCGUCAAGUCAAAUGUCUAUCUUCGCCCCGCUGUCACAUCAGACUUUGCCGGCAUGACCCGAAUCUACAACUGGAAUGUUUCCAACAGCGUAAGAACCAGCGAACUUGCAGAGAUCGACGAACAGGACAUGGCGGCGCGUCAUGAAACGUCCAUUUCUGCCCGUCUACCGAUCAUCGUCGCAGUGGAGCGCAACCGUAAGAACGCUCGCAGAAAGCCACCACGCCGUCGAGUGAACCCAAACCAUCCGAUCCAGAACAUCGAUCCCAACUACAGUGCGGUAGUCAAAGACGAAAACGUGGUCGGCUGGGCGUCUGCCACGGACUGGUCAGCGACCGACUACGUCGAAGCAAUCACGGCCGAACUCGAAGUCUACGUCGCUCAUGAUUUCCGCAAACGCGGCAUUGGCCGAUGUCUGAUGGAUGCCCUGCUCGACGCGACCGAUCGUGGGUACAUGCGACAGGGCGGCUACAGCUUCCACGUCGCACCAGAGAUCCAACACUUGUACACCGGCGGCGGCGGGCGGGAUCUGCACAAGAUCAUCUUCCAAGUCCGUUCGUACAAUCAUCCCUAUACACCAGCACAGGUCUACCGUAUGGAACACGCCGGUCGUGUCCUGCGCAACUGGCACCGAGGGGAUGACAGCGAGGAUGGACAUGGAAAUCCCAAUCAGUCGGUGCCCUCAUCGACCAGGGAGAAGGAUUUCUCCAAGGAAGCCAGACUCAAUGAUCGCGAGGACGACUAUUCCGUCUGGUUGAAGGAGUGGCUCGAAUCGUUCGGCUUCGAGGAAGAAGCAUGGUUGAAGAAGAUCGGCACCAAGAACAAGAGAUUCGUCGACGUGCGCUACCUCACUCGCGAGACGCGCUGGCAACCCACUGAUCGCCAGCUUCCCGAUUUCUCUCGUGGAAUCUGA